AUGAUCAACUCUUCCGAAGCCAUCACAUCUUCAAGAUCAGACGACACUUCACGAGCUCGAUCUGUCACUCAUCCUCCUCCACAAUUUCACAUUCUAUGGUUCGACAAAUCAUUUUCACAUCUCUCGGAAACGAUUUCAAAAUUUCACAACGUGCUUUUUAAUACACUCGUUCAGAAAUGUCAUUUGGAUGAAUUGAUCAAUCAUUUGACACAUUUGCAAUCACCAAAUGAUUUUAUUCAAUAUUUGAAGAAUAUUUGUCGACACAUUGGAAUUUUGAAGGAACAAGUUCAAAAUUUUGAAAUUUCAAAUCAAGACAAUGAUCGAUUCAUUCAAAUUUCAAAGGAUGAUCAAGCAACGAGUGAUGAUAGUACUGACAACUCAUUAUUUCUGAAUCAUGAGGAUCAUCAUUUAUUAAUCAUCACUUCUCUUGGAGGAAAAGAAAAACAGGGAUUGACUAUUUUGGAAAGUGUCAAACAAUUGAAACAGAAAUAUCCCAAAUCCAAAAUAUUUAGUGCCGUCUACAGUCAAACAGCCAUGCAAAAUAUUGUUUUACAAAAUACGUGUUUUCAACUCUAUCAAGCAGAUUUUGUUUCUUCUUUAGGAGAACAUUGGAAUUUUCCAAACAUUGAACAACCAAAUCCUCUCAUGGCCUUAGAAUGUUUUGUGGCCAAGCUCUAUCAAGAAUCGUAUUAUCCAAAACUCUUGAAUUUCAUUCACACCCAAGUAUUGAAAGUGUCACCUGUCACAAUAUCACAAAUCAAUUCAGAAAUUGGCAAUUCACAUUGCAAGCUCACAAACUUUUCACCUUCCUCGCCCUUAGUGAAACCUUUCAUGAAGUUAGUGGCAGAAGAAGAACGAGAACAACUAAAGAAGGAACAAAAAGAGUAUGACACGACCUAUGAGUGGAUUCCACUUCGAAAAAUUGCUCACAAUUUACAUUGUCGACUCUCCACACAAGCUUCCAACUUUUCACACAAAUCUCCCUCAGUGAUUCAACAUCAUCCAGCUUAUGUAGUGUUAAUUGCCACAGGAGGACUCAAUCCCCCGCACAAAAUGCACUUACAAAUGCUUCGACAAGCUCAAGAUUAUGCUGAAAAUUAUUAUGAACUUCGAAUGCAAUCACUUUGUUCGAAAAAGUUAAACAAGGAUUUGUAUGAAAAACAGUUAAGGCCCAUUGAGGUCGUUGGAGGAUUCAUGUCACCAAGUCACGACAAGUACAUUCAUUCAAAAAUGGCAAAAUACGAUUAUUCCAAAGAUGGACAAAAAGCAUACAAUGCCAAUGAACGACUAUUGUUGUGUGAACUCGCAUCACAAGAGGAUCCAUUCGUUUCUUCCUACCCAUGGGAAAGUAUGCAAUCCACUUUUGUGAGUUUUUCACAAGUGGCAAAUUGUUUGUCAGAAUUUUUAAGAUCUUCGGAAUGCCCCUUGUCCAUCUUGAUUCCUCAACAUCCUCAAACGAGAACACUGCAGGAUUCCAAAUCGUAUCUUCGAGUGGCAUUUGUUAUGGGUGCUGAUUUAAUUUUGAGAGCAAGUGCCAGACGUUUCAAUUAUGUGGAUCAUGACAUGAUGACAUUUGUGAUUGGAAGAAGUGGAGCUGAUGCACAGCAAGUGUUGAAUGCUCUUCAAAAUACUCAUUCGAACUUGCCUGUAUAUUAUGUCGAUCCUGAUAUUGUCCAUUCUUUGAAUGCGUCAUUGUUGACACAAUUAAGCUCAACAGAAGUUCGAAAAUUGUUGAAAGUUUUGAGACAAGAUCCCAAUGCCCAUGAUUUGAAGAAUAUAAACACAUGGAGUAGAGCGAGUAAAGAUGCCUAUGAGAGAUUGAGUCAAGUGUUGGAUGAAAGGGUAUUGAAUUACAUUAUAACCUACUUGAAUUAA